UUUAGCUUUCUUCCCAUAAAAGAUGAUGAACUUUGCUUAUUUUGGUAAGCAAUUAGGGUAUCUUUUUAAAUCACCAUGCAUCAAAGUAAAUUGCUUUCUCAAAUCCUACAAAACUUUAAGCAAAUCAUCAUUUCGAAUCUUGGUCUUCCAUGUAAACCCAUUUUGGAUUCAACUUGUUUAUUUUUUAAUCCUUUCUCUUGUUGGGUUUUUGGCUUUGAAGGUCUCAAAGCCUAGAACUCCUCCUUCUCUCAAGCCUAAUGACUUGGAUAUCUUCUUCACUUCUGUGUCUACUGCUACAGUUUCCAGCAUGACAUCAGUGGAAAUGGAGGUCUUAUCCAACACUCAGCUUAUUAUCAUGACCAUUUUGAUGUUGGUUGGUGGAGAGGUCUUCACUUCCAUGCUUGAAAUUCAAUUCAAAAGGUCCAAAUUCUCUCGCCACAGUCUCUCAAACCCUACAAGCUCUUUAGAGCUGGUUCCUGCAGAUGAUUCUCAUGGGUUAGCAGAGAAUGAGAAAUCAGCAGAAAUUGACCUGGAAAGUCACAGAAACUCUUCAGGAAUUGAGAGUUUGCAGUCUGCUUCAAUGAAGACUCUGGGCUAUGUGGUUCUGGGCUAUCUCCUGGUGAUUCACAUAAGUGGGUCGAGCUUAGUUGCUUUGUACACAUCCUUAGUGCCAUCUGCAAGAGAAGUCUUGACUAAGAAAGCUAUUCAAGUGCAGACAUUUUCUCUGUUCACUGUAGUGUCAACUUUUUCCAACUGUGGAUUUGUUCCUACAAAUGAAAACAUGAUAGUUUUCAAGAAAAAUUCAGGCCUCCUUCUCCUUCUAAUUCCUCAAACACUUCUUGGAAACACACUGUAUGCUCCUACUCUAAGAUUUCUGAUAUGGGUUUUGGAGAAGAUGACAAAGAGAGUUGAGUAUAAGUACAUGUUGAAGAACAGUAGAGAGAUGGGUUACAGUCAUUUGAUGUCUGGUGUUCGUUGCUGGUUUCUGUUUGGGACAGUGUUGGUGUUCUUAUUGGCAGAGCUUGUGGUGUUUUGUUCAAUGGAGUGGAAUUCAGGAGUGAUGGAUGGAUUGAGUUGGUUUGAGAAGUUGGUUGCUGCGUUAUUUCAAGUGGUGAGUUCUAGGCAUUCUGGUGAAUCUGUUUUUGAUCUCUCCACUAUUUCCCCUGCAAUCUUGGUGAUCUUCGUCGUCAUGAUGUAUCUUCCACCAUAUACUUCAUUUUUGCCAAUGGAGAUAAAGGAAGAGGAAGGAAUUGUCAGAAGCGAAAGCAAAAACCAAAGGAAGACAACCAUGCAAUGCCUAUUAUUCUCUCAACUCUCUUAUAUCGUCAUCUUCAUCAUUCUAAUCUGCAUAGUAGAGAGAGAAAAGAUGAAGACAGAUCCUCUUAACUUUAAUGUCUUAAACAUCACCAUAGAAGUGAUAAGUGCAUAUGGAAAUGUUGGAUUCUCAAGUGGAUAUAGCUGUGAAAGAAGACUCCAUAAGGAGAGUUGGUGCAAAGAUGAAUGGUAUGGAUUCGUGGGAAAGUGGAGCAACUUGGGGAAGAUCAUCCUCAUUAUUGUCAUGUUCUUUGGAAGGCUGAAGAAAUUCUUCAUCAAUGGUGGUAAAGCUUGGAAGCUAUCUUGACACGCACUUCUGCAUAAGCUUUUGUAUCAUGAGCUAGCUUAUCCAGUACCAGAUGUUUAUGCAGACAUGUAGAAUAUAUUAUGCCGUGGAGCGUUAUGCACGUUCUUUUUUCCUUUUUUUUUAAAUUUAAUAGAAGCUGGUAAUGGAACCUUGUUCGCCA